AUGCAAGGAACAUAUCGAUAUCCUGAUAGCUCGGAGUACACAGGCGAGUGGAACGAAGAUGGUCAACGGCACGGUUUCGGACAAUUAAUAUUCAAUGAUCAAGCAAAAUAUCGCGGUCGUUUCGAAAACGGGCUUUUUGCCGGACUUGGCUCGAUAUCUUAUCCUGAUGGAUCGAAAUACGAUGGUGAAUUUUCUCAAGGUCGAUAUCAUGGUUUAGGUGUAUUUACUCGCUGUGAUGGAAUGAAAUACGAAGGACAAUUACAAGAAGGCAAAAUUUUCGGUUUAGGCCUUUUAACCUUUGCUGAUGGUUCACAUGGUUUACCACGGAACGAAGGUUAUUUCGAAAAUAAUAAAUUAGUACGACGCGAAAAAUGUACAGAUAUUAUACGCAAAGCCAUUGCUUGUGCUGAACGCGCCAAAUCUCAACACACUUAA